AUGGAAACCCUCCGAUCCGUGUUGCAGCCGUUGCAGCCCAUCACCCACAACCUACCGACUCCCAUCCACGACCUCGGCGUGUCCAUCAUUGGCGAUGUCUGCUACAAGACCCUGAUAUUCGAUCUCGACCCGACCAACUCGGAAUGCCUGAAGCUGGCCAUCUCCAAGGGGUUGGGCAUCGGCAUCAUCGGCGCCUCGUCCAUCGUCAAGGUGCCGCAGAUCAUCAAGCUGGUCCAGUCCCAGUCGGCCUCGGGCAUCAGCUUCCUAUCCUACGUCCUCGAGACCACGUCUUAUCUGAUCACCCUUGCAUAUAACUUCCGGAAUGGAUUCCCCUUCAGCACGUUUGGCGAGACGGCGCUCAUCCUGGUCCAAAACGUCAUCAUUGCUGUCCUCGUCCUGAACUACAGCGGCCGCGCGAGCAUGGCUGCGCUGUUCGUCGCCGCCUUGGCCGUGAGUGUGGUCACACUGUUCAACGGAAGCCUGGUCGAUAUGCAGGCGCUGAGCUAUCUGCAGGCGGGCGCGGGGGUGUUGGGUGUGGCCAGCAAAGUGCCUCAGAUUGCUGCUAUCUUCCAAGAAGGUGGAACGGGUCAGCUAAGCGCCUUCACGGUCUUCAACUACCUGGCCGGCUCUCUCUCGCGCAUCUUUACAACGUUGCAGGAGGUGGAUGACAAGCUGAUCCUGUACGGUUUCGUGGCGGGCUUCACACUCAACCUCGUCCUGGCCGUGCAGAUGGUAUAUUACUGGAACGCACCGUCGGCCAAGGUCAAGGGGAAACAGAAGAUGCCGGCUGCCGCAACAGCUCCGAGCUCAGCUGCAUCUUCGGCAACGCCCAAGAGCAAGGGGCCGACAACGCGACGCAGAGGGUAA